AGUUUGAUAACGACUUGCUGAUCGCUGACGCUUAGUGGUCUAACAUUUUUUUUAUAUAUAUUUACACUAUUUACAAUCUUGAAUUAUAUGAAGAAUCAACGGCACAGGAAAAUGAGAUGAUUGAUACAUCUUUAAAACAACCGUCGAUUACAAACUUGUCGAAAGAAAACCCAGGUGAAAAUAUAGAAGGUAAAAAGAGAAAAAGAAAGAGAAGCAAAAAAUUACAAGAAUCCAACGUCGUAUUAGAAACUUCUAAUACUCAGCCUUCGACUUCGACAGUUCAAUCUACAACGCAGACUCUGGAAAAUAAAAAUAAAAUAUUGUUGGAAACAACCAUACCUGUUAUAGGAUCGAAAAAAGAACCCGAUACUAUAAAAGAGAAACCCAUAAAGGAGGAUCAAACUUCUACUGUUGAUAUUGUGACGAAAAUCGAACCUACAGCAAAAGAGGUUAAAAAAUGUUCUUCCAAAGACAAAAUUCUUUCGGAUAAUUCUCCGAUACAAGAAAGUAAGGAUCAAAGCAAGAAAGCAAAAACAUCAAAUACCAAGAUUUCACAAUCGAAAAAAGAAGACGGUGUUAAAGUUGAGAGUAUUGUGACUUCAUCUACAAGUUCAAAUAAUUUAAAAGAAGUUAUGUAUAAGAAAAAGAAUAAUGAGCAACCGUUAGUUAAUUUGACGGCACCAAUUAAUAACCUAGAGAAAGAUUUAAAAACACUGUUAGAAAAAACGUUGGCCAAUUGUGAUACCAAAGAUAAGCAAUCCGAAAAGCCUCUUCCAAAAACCAAGAAACUAAUGAAAUAUUCAUCUAGACCGUGGUCAGAUAUCGUUGAAGAAUAUGAAGCGAUGAUGAUGAAUAGUAAGUUUUUGAUGUAAAUUCUAAACAAUCUAGAUGUAC